AUGGCCGGCGCAGUCCUCCCCCAGAAGCGGGUUCUGGGCGAGGCAGGCUCUCGCCAGAACAUUCCCUCGACCCCAGCCUCGGCCAAGAGACGCAAAGCCGAUGUCUUCUCGUCCUCCCCCGCCGCGCGCUUCCCAGGCUCCCAGAGAGACCCGCGCGCCAAGCUGGGCUCCAGCCAGCCCAAGAGCGCCUUCGAGUCCGAGGUGCUCGAAAAGCUGAGCCAGGACAUCUCCGACCUCAAGCGAAGCAACACGGAAAAGGACCAGGUCUGGGAGCGGCCCCCCGUCGUCGAAUUUUCCCCCGAGCGGGACAGCCUGUGCUUUCAGUCCAUUGAUGCCGAGGAGGGCACGCUGCAUGGCGGCAGAGCCACCGUCAAGCUCUUUGGCGUCUCGGAGCAGGGCCACUCGAUCAUGCUGCAUGUCACAGACUUCAAGCACUACCUCUAUGUCCCUGCCCCGCCGCUCUUCAAACCCCAAGACACGGCGGCCUUCAAGGCGUACCUCGAGACCCAGAUUGCCCAGCAUCAGCCCGCCAUCCACUCCAUCACCAUGAGCCCGAGAGAAAACAUGUACGGCUUCAAUGGCAACAAGCAGAGCCACUUUUUGAAGAUCACAGUCAACGACCCGAGGUUCAUCAGCAGGGUGCGGGCCACGAUUGAGAGUGGCGAUGCCGAUUGGAAGGGCAUGUGGAAGGCGAGGGACCAGGGCGUCAUGACCUACGACAACAUUCAAUACGUGCUCCGCUUCAUGGUGGACUGCCAGAUUCAAGGCAUGUCAUGGGUCGAGGCGCCGGCGUCCAAGUACAAGCUUAUCCCCGGGCAGAGCAAGCAGUCUAACUGUCAAAUCGAGGCCGAGAUCUGCUAUCUCGACCUGACUACGUAUAAGCCUGACGGAGAAUGGGCCAAGAUGGCUCCAUUGCGCAUCUUGUCCUUUGAUAUCGAGUGUGCUGGGCGAAAGGGCAUAUUUCCUGAGGCCAAUCACGAUCCAGUCAUCCAGAUCGCCAACGUCGUCACCAAAUACGGAGACAAGAAGCCGUUUAUUCGAAACGUCUUUUGUCUAGACACAACGAGCUCCAUCGUGGCCACUCAGGUGUUGGAGUUUGAGAAGGAAGACAAAAUGCUCAGCGCGUGGCAACAAUUUCUCCUCAAGGUCGACCCUGACAUCAUCAUCGGCUACAACAUUGCCAACUUUGACUUUCCGUAUCUGCUCGACCGCGCCAAGCACUUAAAAGUGAACGGCUUCGAUUACUGGUCCCGCAUCCCCAGCGUGCCGUCCAGGGCAAAGGACACCAACUUCUCGAGCAAGCAAAUAGGCAACCGCGACACCAAGGAGACCAAUACCAACGGAAGAUUGCAGCUAGAUCUUCUGCAGCUGAUCCAGCGCGACCACCAACUCCGAAGCUACACUCUAAACUCAGUGUGCGCGCACUUCCUGGGCGAGCAAAAGGAGGACGUUCACCACACCAUGAUCACAGAGCUGUUCAACGGAACGCCAGAGUCGCGUCGGCGUCUGGCGCUAUACUGUCUAAAAGAUGCUUACCUGCCGCAAAGGCUGAUGGACAAGCUUUCGUGUCUGGAAAACUACACGGAAAUGGCCAGGGUGACGGGCGUUCCAUUCAACUUUUUGCUGUCCCGCGGUCAGCAGAUCAAGUUCAUCAGCCAACUAUUCCGGAAGGCGCUGGAACAGAAGCUCGUCAUCCCGAACCUCAAGUCGCAAAAGUCGGAUGACCAGUAUGAGGGCGCGACCGUCAUCGAGCCCACCCGCGGCUACUACGACGUGCCCAUUGCCACGCUCGAUUUCGCCUCGCUGUACCCCAGCAUCAUCCAGGCGCACAACCUUUGCUAUACGACGUUGCUGGACAAGAAACACAUUGAGCAUUUCGGUCUGCAAAAGGAUGAGGACUACAUUGUGACACCCAACGGCGACUUGUUCGUCACAGCCAAGCAGAGGAAAGGGCUGCUGGCACAGAUUCUGGAAGAGCUGUUGGCGGCACGAAAGCAGGCCAAGCGGGAACUGGCGCAAGCGACGGACCCAUUCCGAAAGGCCGUGUUGAACGGUCGUCAACUGGCGCUCAAGAUCAGCGCCAACAGUGUGUACGGCUUGACGGGUGCGACGACGGGGAAGCUGCCCUGCCUUCCCAUCGCCAGUAGCACGACCAGUUUUGGGCGGCAGAUGAUUGAAAGGACAAAGGCCGAGGUGGAGAAGAAGUAUAACAUUGCAAACGGGUACACGCACGACGCGCAAGUCAUUUACGGUGACACGGACUCGGUCAUGGUCAAGUUUGGGACCAAGGAACUCGCCGAGGCCAUGAAGCUAGGCGAGGAAGCGGCGCAGUACGUGUCGUCCAAGUUCAUCAAGCCAAUCAAGCUCGAGUUUGAAAAGGUCUACUUUCCAUAUCUGCUCAUCAAUAAGAAGCGGUACGCCGGGCUGUACUGGACCAAGACGGAAAAGUACGACAAGAUGGACACCAAGGGCAUCGAGACUGUGCGACGAGACAAUUGCUUGCUGGUGCAGACGGUCAUUGAGAGGGUGCUGAGGAUGAUUUUGAUUGAGCGGGAUGUGCAAGGCGCACAAGACUACGUCAAGGACGCGAUUGCGGACCUGCUGCAGAACAAGGUGGACAUGUCGAAGCUGGUCAUCACGAAAGCACUGACAAAAGACGACUACACGGCCAAGCAGGCGCACGUGGAACUGGCGCAGCGGAUGAAGAAGCGCGACGCCGGGUCGGCCCCCGGGCUCGGGGAUCGGGUGGCGUACGUCAUGGUGCGGGGAGCGGCGGGAGCCAAGAACUUUGAGAAGUCGGAGGACCCCAUCUACGUGCUUGAAAACAACGUGCCCAUCGACACCAAGUACUACCUGGACAACCAGCUGGCCAAGCCGCUGGGGCGCAUCUUCGAGCCGAUCCUAGGGGAGACGAAGGCGCGGUUGCUGCUGACGGGAGACCACACUCGGACGAUAUCGGUGGCGGCGCCGACGGUGGGGGGACUGAUGAAGUUUGCCAAGAAGACGCAGACGUGCAUGGGGUGCAAGAAGCCGCUGACGGGCAAGCACGAAAGUGAGGGGGCGGUGUGCUCGGAUUGCGCGCCGCGAGUCGGGGAGCUUCACAAGAGGACGUUGGACAAGGUGUCGGACCUCGAGGUGCGGUUCGGGCGGCUGUGGACGCAAUGCCAGCGAUGCCAGGGCAGCAUGCACUGCGAGGUCAUCUGCAGCAGCAAGGACUGUCCCAUCUUUUACAUGCGGAUGAAGGCCAAGAAGGACCUGGAGGACGCGGGCAAGGAACUGAAGCGGUUCGACGUGGACCAGGCGGCGAUAUGGUGA